UUUAAAAUAUGUUAUCAUCAUUGACACAUUUUACUGUUUUUUAAAUACAAUUUUAUUUAAGCACAUGAAUGUAUUCAUCACGGCAAAAAAAAAUACAAGUCACCCUUGAAAAUUGUUUGCCAAACUUGUAGCCUCACUUAACCAUUUCUUUUGGUGGAGCUUGCUGUGUAGAGUAGGCUACUCAAAACUACAGGGUUUGACAACGAGAGCCCAAAUUCAGGGCACAAAAAUCUCACGUAAAACGGUAAUUUUAUAACCUGCGUGCAAGGACGAGGCGAUGCCCUGAAUACGGGCUCUCAGGUACCCCUCCAAAGCAGUUGAGUUCCAGCUUCCAACAAUCAAAUGGUGGUAAUUAAUCAGUAAUAGGAAAAUCUUACGUGUCUGUUAAUGGAUUUUCAUACUGUAGUAUGGAUUGGUGCGUGGAGGAUGUGAAAACACUUUGAUAGUAUAUAAAUCCAUUCUUAUGGAAAAAGAUUGGUGGGUGGUAACUUAAAGUUCACAUUAAUGGGUUUAAAAGAAAAAAACAAAUAAACAUUGGUAUGGUCCUUUAAAGCGUACACAACACCACGUUCGAGAUUUUGGUCUGCCAAUAACAGUAAAAAAGACGGGAUUAAGCGCCUCUGCCUGGGAAGCCAAACCCUGGGCAAUAAACUCCCUCUCACAAGAUGACUGUCGCUAGCUAUCAUGGGAGCAGCAAGCUAGCAUGGGUAACUGUCAACCAAAGGGGAAUAUACCUGUUUUAUGAGACGAUUUUGAAGUUGCGGAACGACAUGCUGUGACUGAUCGGUGUCCUGAAGCUGCAGCAACAAUGUUGCCCUCAGCCAGCACAUUGUUCGGGUCUGCUGUCAAGCUGCUGCCGCGGGUUAAAUGGAGUCGAGGAUGUAUUUGGUGCCUGUGCAGAAACAUUUCUGUGAAACCAGGAGGAGGUUUGAAACCAAAGACGGUUCCACCUCGGUACCUGGGCCAGCCAAGCCCUUUCACUCAUCCACACCUUAUCAAACAUGGUGAGGUUACCCCAGGCUUGAGCCAGACAGAAUACGAGCUACGCAGACACCGGCUGGCAUCACUUAUCGAGGCCCAGGGAGACAGGCUUGGACCCUCUGCCUCCUCUAGCACUCAUGUGGUCAUCGUUUUGUCCCAUCCAACCCGCUACAUGACCAAUGACAUCCCUUAUCCCUUCCACCAGAACCAGGAUUUCCUCUACCUCAGUGGCAUCCUAGAGCCUGACAGUGCCUUGGUUCUUCAUGGGAAAGGGCGACCAGAUCAGCCCAUCUUGUUUGUCCCCCGCAGAGACCCAGGGAGAGAGUUGUGGGACGGGCCCCGUUCAGGGAAGGAUGGUGCGGCUGCUUUGACUGGCAUAGAGAGAGUUCAUAGCACUGAAGAACUGGGUAUUGUGCUCAAGACCAUUAAAGGCACUGUGCUUUGGUACGAUAGUUCUCAGCCUGCCCACCCUCGGCUCCACCAAGCUCAUGUUUGUCCUGUGUUGGAGGCGGGGCCGGUGCCACGCUCUCUCAGGCCCCUGAUACACUCUCUCAGGGCCCUCAAGAGCUCAGCAGAGGUGGCACUAAUGCAAGAAGCAGGCCGCAUCACAGCACAGGCUUUUAGAAGGACGAUGGCUCUGUCUCCAGGAGACGUGGAUGAAGCUGUGCUCUUUGCUAAGUUUGAUUUUGAGAAUCGGAUCCAUGGCGGCAACUUCCUGGCCUAUCCCCCUGUGGUUGCUGGAGGGAAUCGAGCAAAUACUCUUCACUACAUAAACAACAACCAGAUUAUAAAGGAUGGUGAAAUGGUGCUGCUUGAUGGUGGUUGUGAAUACUUUGGUUAUGUCAGUGAUAUCACUCGAACAUGGCCUGUCAAUGGAAAAUUCAGCCCCGCCCAGGCCGAGCUGUACGAGGCCGUCCUGGAAGUCCAGCGCUCCUGUUUGUCUCUGUGUUCCCCAGGUGUCAGUCUAGAUCACAUCUACAGUACCAUGCUGACUCUGCUGGGUCGACAGCUGAGAGAGCUAGGGAUCGUCAAGGCUAGUACCAGUGAUGUUGAUGUACUAAAGGCUGCUCGGCGGUACUGCCCCCAUCACGUUGGUCACUACCUGGGAAUGGACGUCCACGACACUCCUGAGCUGUCCCGCUCACAGCCUCUACAGCCAGGAAUGACCAUCACUAUAGAACCAGGUUUGUACAUCUGCGAGGACAAUGACCAAGCGCCAGAGCGUUUUCGCGGCCUGGGCGUCAGAAUUGAGGAUGAUGUGGUGAUCCGAGACAAUGGAGGCCCUCUGAUUCUGUCCUCUGAAGCACCAAAGACCAUCGCUGAUGUACAACAGGCCUGUGCCCAGAGAUAGGGCACGGAGAGACAAACAAGUGACCAAGUGAGCUGCAGAGUUGAUUGGAGGCAGUGUGCUGUGCUUUUUAACUGUCUCCAUGAAUAUGACAUCAUCAGGCUCAGGGCCCAGGUACAUGAAGGGUGGGAGUACACUACGUGUCACCAGUUUUAGUCUCAUUUCAAAAUCUGGUGUAGAAGAUGAUAGAUGUUGCAGAGUGCACAAAGUCUUGUGAACACACAAUGUAUCUAGAAAACAGGCUCCGUAGAGCACAGAUCUCUGCCAAGGUCAGUGUCAAAGAGCAUAAACCAGAAUUCAGAGGAAAAAAAUUCUAAUUUAUAGUAAAUGAUAUGGAUCUGCCCUGAAAUUUAAUGGGUUCUUCUCUGUCCCAUGCCCCAUCCCUCCACCAAGUUUGGUGCAAAUCGGUUCAGUACUUUUUGCACAAUCCUGCUGACAAAAAAAAACAAGCAAAUAUACACAGGUGAUCACAUAAUCUCCUUGCCGGAGGUAACAAGACAUGCUCUCAUUACACUUAAUCAUCAAUCUUUGAAAUAGUUUAUGCAUAAAACAAACAUCUUCAUCAACAAAAUUAAAAAACAGAAAAACAAAUAAGCAAAUAUUAAGCUUCCACACUAAGUGUUAUGAAUAACUAAUCUUAAGUAAAGACAGAUUUAGCUGCAUAUUAAAGAGUUACAGUGUAGCUUUGGAGCCUACGCACGUACACUAUGCUGUAGCUGAUGUGUUCCUCUUUAAAAAUGUAACUAGUAUUGUUAUGGGGCUAUCAGCAGGUGAAAUCUGACGCUGAACUGUAAAUCAAAACCUAGGAACCACAGUUAACCCUCUUGCAUCAAGUAUGUAUUCAGCUUAAGAUCCAGUGCUUAGAUCCAACAACCAUGGAAGCAUUUUCAUUCUUAAAACCUACAGUAUUUUCUCCAAAUCAUGUUUUUCAGAAUAGCCACCAUCUUGGCACACUGGGUAAAUGGUCACUCAAAAAACUUCAGUAGCCUAUAAACACACACUUCAUUUGUCUUUCAUACACAAAAAUGCAACAUUCAUUCCCAGCUCAUGCUACAGUACAAAAGAUCACAACACCAGAUGUUGAACAUGCACUCACUGAGCUGUAGAAUGGUCAGGAAGGACCAGAGGAUGUACAAUCAUUAGACCACCAUAUUUAAGCACGCAAAUAAUGAAUAAAGAGGAACCUGUACAGAACAUCUGCUCCUGUUGAACCAGGAAUGAUUAUAAUCAUUACACCAAUGCACUGAAAUAUGAAGAAGUGUAUACUGUAUGUAUGUGCGUGGGACUUUAGUCUUUUCAGCAUAGAGAAAGAUGUGAUAUCUUAUUAGGAAAAUGGUGUUUAUAUGUAUUAAAAAGAUCUUGUUAUUCUUUCUUUCAUAAUGAAUCAAUCUUGUUGGUUUGACUCAAAAAUUAUGAUGAUGAUGAUGGCUGCACUGAAUUAGGCUACAAAACCUUGCCUUUAACGAAAAGGACAUAACUGUUUCACCUCAGGGUUACAUGGUCACAAAGGCAAAGAUAUGGGUGCUCCAGGGUAGGAAUGUCUCUCAAUUUAGUUACUUCAGUUACUUCUCUGACAAAAAUACUAUUAAAUUCACAAUUUUAAGAGCA